AUGUUAAGACUGGUCUCCAGGGUAAAGAUACCACACAUUGCAUUAGGUCGCCGCGUUCUUACGUCGUCGUACCACACAUCACGCAUAGAUAAGUCCCUUAAAACCGAAUAUGAUUCGAUUAAAGACUAUGGAAGUUACAAGAAUACCAUAUUUACGCACAGAUUACCAGAAUCAACAGCGCAGCAAUCACCACCAUUAGUUGCAUUACACUCAAGAUUGAAUCUCCCAUCAUCAUUUACGUUGUCAACCUUAUCACAAGCCUUAAAUUUGAAGAAAUACGAUGGAUUGGCCAAUAACUUUGGAUUAAACACCUUGGGUAAAACCUUAUUAUCGUAUUAUGUAUCAGAGCAUUUGUUAGUUAAAUAUCCAAGAUUGCCAAUGCCGAUCCAUAAUGUUGCCGUAGAUUCGUACAUGGGACUGACUGCGUUAUUCGACAUUGGAAAAAUUUGGGGUAUUCAGGUCGACACCACAUCCAAGUUAGAAAAAUACUUAUCCCAAGAACCAGAAUUCAUGCAGUACGGGAAGUUGAGAUUCGUCUCUGAAGAGUUUAAAAAUGAAGUUAAGGAAUCGGGAGUUUUUGAAUUGUCUGAAGAAGAAAUUGCUUCUAUUAACAAGGAAAACAAUACCUAUUUAUCUAAAGAGACCGAAGCAUAUGCAUCUGCUGUUAGAUCGAUUAUCGGUGGAUUAUAUACUCAUGCGGGUGAAGACGUCACAAAGCAAUUUAUUCACGAUCAUAUCUUGUCCAGAAAAUUACCUCUCGAUCAAAUGUUUCAAUUUAGCAAACCAACCAGAGAAUUGGUAAGAUUGUGUGAAAAAUUAAAUUUCACCGAUCCAGUCGAAAUCAGAUUAAUUGCCGAAACCGGUAGAUUAUCAAGUCAUGCUAUUUACGUUGCUGGUGCCUUCAGUGGUGUUGAAAAAUUGGGUGAAGGUGUUGGAUCUUCUUUGCAAGAAGCCAAGACAAGAGCUGUGGUAAAUGCUUUAAUGUCCUAUUACUUAUAUUCGCCAGUGUCUGAAGAUGGUAGUGAAGUCAAAUUACCAAGUGACAAAAACUACAAAUUUGAGGGUAUUGUUGGUAUUGGUGAUGUCGCUAUCUAA